AAUGACGGUCGCAAACAAAUUUUAAAGCUACCUACAAAUUAAAAGGUAACUUGAAUUUACAUUCACGGAUCGAACGUGAAAUGAAACGUUAUUAUGACAGAUGUCACUGCGGGUACUAAAGAAAAUAAAUUGACAGAAGCAAAAGACACCGAUUCUCUCAUAGAAUUGAUAAAACAAGGAAAAAGGAGUUUCAUUUAUAAAUGUGGGAAAGAUACUUUACUAAAAAUAAUAUCUGAAGAGGGUUUGCAGUGCCCGACAAAUCCAACGAUUGAUUCGUUACGCAAGGUAUUAAGUAAUUAUUACCAAAACCAACCUAAAAUCUCAAAACAAAAGACCAUGACGAAUUACGAACUAAAACCGUUUAACGGAGACAACUGGGAUGUUUUCGAGCAGCAAUUAGAAUCAUUAAUACUUUUAAACGAUGUGUCUGCUGACAAACAAGCCGCAUUGCUUAUUACAAAAAUAACACCAAGUGUAUUUGAAACAUUACAAAUUUUGUGUAAACCAAAAAAACCAACAACAUUGACUUACAAAGAGUUAUGUGAGAAAUUACGAGAGAAAUAUACACAAACGAAAACACCACUGUUAGACAGAGCCGAGUUUAGACGUCGCAACCAACUACCUACUGAGUCAAUUGAAGAGUAUGUGUUAAACCUUCAAAAAUUAUCUCGCAAGUGCAAUUUCAAGGAUGAAGAAGACCAGAUUAAAGAAAAACUGGUUGAUGGAGUGUACUCCAAACUUGUCAAGUUUGAACUGAUGAAGCAAACCACAACUAAUUUAGGAGACUUGAUUAACUUGGCGAAAACAGUAGAAUCUGCAUAUAAACAAGUAAAUGAAGAAGACACCAGCAACAUAUCAUAUGUUAAACCUAAAGCCAGAGCAGUGGGACAGAAGUUUACACCCUCCAAGAAGAAUUAUAAUAAUAAUAUGAAAAGUAAGUGUUUCUGCUGCGGGAAAGAAAACCACCUUAAAAAGGAUUGCACACUGAAGACUAAAUUUUGCUCGGAAUGCGGUCAACAAGGCCAUAUAUUUAAAAUGUGCCCAAAUAAGUAUAGACAAACAAAUGUUUUGAAUGUAGCAAGUGAAGAAAAUAAAGAGGACCAAGGAUUAGAAGAAGAAAAAAAUGUAUGUGAAGAGUAUGAAACCUAUACAUUUGACAGAAUGCCAAACAACUAAUUGAUCAGGAGUUCGCAGCAGUAUUCAGCCCUGGGUGGGGCGCAUUUAAAGGUGAAGCAAUUUCUUUAAAAUUAAAAAAAGAUGCUGUACCAAAGUUUCUGCCUGUUCGACGUGUUCCAUAUGCACUUCGAGAUAAGGUAAAACAUGAAAUUGACAGAUUACAGAAAAAUGGGCGCAUAGUGCCUGUCGAACAGAGUCAGUGGGGUACACCGGUAGUACCAAUAAUAAAACCAGAUGGCUCUGUAAGACUUUGUGGGGACUAUAAAGUCACUUUAAACCCAAAUUUAGAAAUCGACCAUUACCCUCUUCCACAUGUGGAGGAUAUCUUUGAAACUUUAAAACAGGGAGAAUACUACUGCGAGCUUGAUCUUCGGGAAGCUUACUUACAAGCUGCUUUAUCUGAGGAGAGUCAAUUAUUAACGACCAUUGUAACAGAAUUUGGAACAUAUAAGUACAAAUAUUUACCAUAUGGAGUUAAUACUGGCCCUGGAUCAUUUCAAAGACUAAUGUGUAAAAAACUUAUAGGUAUACCAAAUACUAUUGUAUUUAUUGAUAACAUUUACGUGGCAGGGAAAAGUUUACAAGAAACAUAUGAAACCCUUGUCAAAGUGCUUAAUAGACUACAAGAAAGUAAUUUCAAAUUAAAACCUGAAAAAUGUAAACUUUUCACAAGCCACAUAGACGUGUUUGGAUUUCGUAUAGAUAAAGAGGGAAUGAGCCUCAUAAAAUCAAAUAUUGAGCCAUUGUUGAAUGUGCCUGCACCAACUAACCUAACAUUGCUAAAAUCAUUUUUAGGAAAAAUAAAUUAUUACUCCCGAUUUCUAAGAGAUAUGGCUAAGAUUCUGAGUCCAUUAUAUGAAUGCACUAAAUUAAAUAAAUUCAACUGGACAGCCGACUGUCAAAAAUCAUUUGACACAAUUAAAAAUAAAUUAGCCUCCGCAGAUAAUUUAAGACAUUUCAAUCCAGACCUCCCAAUAAUUGUAACUGCUGAUGCUUCAAAUCAUGGACUUGGUGCUGUGUUAUCAAACCGGGACAAAAAUGGUGUAGUCAGGCCCAUAGCUUAUGCAAGCAAAAAAUUAAAUACAACGGAACAAAAAUAUGCUGCCAUAGACAGGGAGGCUAUGGGAAUUGUGUUUGCGGUCACUAAGUUUUAUAAUUAUAUUUAUGGCCGACAAUUUGAAUUAGAAACAGACAGUUCUGCUCUAGUCAGGAUUUUUGGACCAACAAAAGGUAUACCAAAAAUGGCCGCAAAGCGGUUACAACACUAUGCCAUAUUUCUCUCAGCUUUCAAUUAUAAAAUUAAACACAUUAAAACUAACAAUAAUCCAGCAGACUAUUUGUCCAGAAAUCCUGACAAUACAGAAUGUACCAGCCAACAUGUAAACCCAAUUAAUAAAGUUGAUAAUUUGAUACAUGUAUUGUAUACAAAUAGCUCUGAAAUAGACUAUUUAAAUUUUAAAGUUAUAGAAGAAAAUACACAAAAAGAUGUACUAUUAAGUAAAGUAAUUGAAUAUUGUACAACAGGUUGGCCAAAUAAAAUUUUAAUUAUGUCAGAACUUCUACCAUUUUAUAAUAGAAAGGAUGAAAUUAGUGUGGAUCAGGGUUGUUUACUUUGGGGACAUAGAGUAAUAAUUCCAGAAAUAAAUCAAAAAGCUGUAUUAAAAAGUUUACACAAAACACAUUUUGGUAUUGUUCGUAUGAAAGAAAUUGCUCGCUCUUAUUUUUGGUGGCCAAAAUUAAAUUCAGAAAUUGAAAGUAUUGGAAAAUCAUGUAUCAUAUGUUUAACAAACCAUAAAAACCCCAUGAAAUCUCCACAGCCAUGGCCAACACCACCUACAGCUUGGUAUAGAAUUCAUGCGGAUUUUUUGGGACCAUUUUAUAAUAAAAUGUAUUUAAUAAUUAUAGAUAGCUAUAGUAAAUGGCCCGAGGCUUUCGAAAUGUCAAACAUGACAGCAACUAAAACAAUGGAUGUACUAGAUAAGCUAUUCAGUCGGUUUGGAUAUCCGGACCAGCUGGUCACAGAUAACCAAACUACUUUCACAAGUACGGAAUUUAAGAGCUAUUGUAAGGAACAUAACAUUAAACAAAUAUUUUCACCACCUUACCAUCCAGCGACGAACGGAGCCGCAGAAAAUUUUGUACACACUUUCAAGGCCGCGGUGACCAAAAUAAGAGAAAAUGGAUGCAGUAUUAACUCUGCAAUCAAUUUAUUUCUAUUUGAUUAUAGAACCACACCUCAUAGAACAACAGGUGAGACUCCGGCUUGUUUGUUGCUGGGGAGAGAAUUAAGAAAUAGAUUUAGCUGUCUUAAACCUCCACCUAUAUUGGAAGAUGUAUCUGAAAGGGAGGGGAGAAAGGCAGGUAAAAGAAAAGUUAAUUUUAUAGUAGGUCAAAAAGUAAUGGUGAGAGACUAUAGAAAAGGUUAUAAACCUUGGAUAGUAGGCACGAUAGUGUCAGAUUCUGUCCCAGAUUUAACGUAUAUAAUUGAGGUUCAAGGUAUGCGGUGGAAACGUCAUAUUGAUCAAAUGGUGUAUUGCAAUGAGGACGUAGAUAAUAAUUAGAGUUAAGUUUGUAUCGUAGGCCAAGUCUAACUUGCAUUUAUUUAUAAAUGAUGCCAAGAUAUGUGUGCUUAGGUUAACUGUAGUUUCUGUACAGUUAUAAUGGGAUUCUCCAAUGAUCCUAUAUGAUGUAUCUAAACUUAAGUAAAACUAGAUUAGUUUUAGGAUAAGUCCGGGAGAGUGUAGUAUGUGUGAAUCGGAACGCUCUCUUCUGUUUU